AUGACUCGACACAGCAUGGAAUCCAACGACUCGAACGACGUGUUAUUCGACGCGCCCUCCAGUCCACGUGACGCUCUGGCUGCGGCUUUUGGAAGCGACUCAGAUUCGGACUCGGAUGAUGAACAUCAUCUCCAGAGCGGAGGACGGAUGGGACGUAGCUACAACCAGGUCGACACCAGCACACAAGAUGAUGACGACGACCUGAACCAUGACGACGAUGGAGGAGCUACUCUGGAGGAGCUGGCGCAGACGGAAGACCCCCAGUACGACAGAAGCAACUAUGCAGACGACCGGUUAGGGGGCUCCAACAACAACGGAGGCCAUACCCGGAUCCCUGGAGGUUUUCCUGAAGCUGGAAACACCGGUUCUGGAUCGGGAGGCAACGCUGGCUCCGGGUCCGAGGGCUCCAACGUGUUUUCUACCGGCUUCUUCAACCGUCUAUUCAACAGAGGUCAACUGCUGCCUACAACAGAACCUCCAGCAUCAUCUUCGCACGAUGGUGUGUUUUCAAACACUCAGGCCAAUGAUGACGACGAAGAUAAGCCCACUGACGAAACACCUCCUACCUACGAGGAGGCUGCUGCGGAUGCCACUCCUCCUUACUGGGCAACCACUAUUCUCCACCCUGGCUACGCGGAAGAGGUGUUUAUCGACGGACUUCCCGUGGGCUCGCCCAUUUCUUUUUUGUGGAACAUGACUGUAUCGUCCGUUUUCCAAUUCAUCGGUUUUGUUCUUACGUACCUGCUGCACACGUCGCACUCGGCCAAACAGGGCUCUCGAGCAGGCCUCGGACUCACAGUGUUCCAGAUCGGCAUGUACAUGCGAAACAGCGGAGGAAACCCCACUACAGACUACUCGUCAGUACCUGCACACCAAUUUGUGCCCUCAGACCCCAACAACUUCGAUGUACCCGGUUACGGAUCCAACAUUCCGGGAAACGCAGUCAUUCCGACCAUGGAGCAUGUGGACCCCACGGUGCAGGAACAGGAGCGGGCCGCUCAUGAAAAGAAUGUCUUCUGGUCAGGCAUUAUCAUGGCGGUGGGAACUCUUGUCAUUCUCAAAGCUCUGUGGGACUACUGGCGUGCUCGACGAAUGGAGUUGAUUGUUCUUCAAACUCCCCAGCACGUAGUGACGGAAGAAGAUACCCCCGAGACUGCUGUCUAG